UCUCGUUGUCCCCAAUGGUAAGUGGCUGCGUGUCUAGAACAAGGCCGGAGAAAGAUGGCGGCGCCCGUCCUGAGAGUGUCCACCCCUCGAUGGGAAAGAAUAGCGAGGCUCCUUGUUUGCCUUUUGGGCAUUAUAUUGUCCUUGUAUGCCUUUCACGUGGAAAGGGAAAAGGCUAGGGACUCAAAUUAUCGGGCCAUGUGCGACGUGAGCAAUUCUAUCAGCUGUUCUAAAGUCUUCUCCUCAAGGUGGGGUCGAGGAUUUGGACUGUUGGGCUCUAUCUUUGGAAAUGACAGUGCAAUGAACCAGCCAAACAGUGUCUACGGAAUUUUCUUUUAUGUCUUUCAGCUGUUACUAGGAAUGACCGUCAGUGCGAUGGCUGCCCUCAUCCUAAUGAUGACGUCCAUCUUAUCGGUGGUGGGCUCCCUCUACCUGAGCUACAUUCUUUACUUUGUCCUGAAGGACUUCUGCUUCAUUUGUGUCACCACAUACGCACUGAACUUCAUUCUCUUUAUCCUCAACUACAAGCGACUAGUUUACUUGAAUGAGGCCUGGAAGCAGCAGCUCCAGCCCAAGCAGGACUAAGUAGUAGAGAGCAAGAAAAUUGUAACAAACAAAAAAGAAAUGUGACCUGUCUGAACAUUUGACUUGCCACCAGGAGACCUUGCUUCUGUGUGUUCAAAGAAGAAGAAAAAGAAGACUUAAAAAAGUUGGGGCCAGACAUCCAAAAGUUCACUGCAUACAUGGAAGGAUUUAAUAAUGGGGAAAAAAGUAUUUGUCGGUUUUGUUUUUUCUUUAUAUUUAUUCUCCCCACUUUAGGGAUGGGUUUUGGAGGAAAUGCAUCCAAGACAAGCAGGCCGAGCCCCAAGUCUUUGUGGAGGACAUCCCUCUGUUGAACAAAACGGAUAAGACGAUGGAAAAAUCUGGGUGUUUACUUGAAAUAAUUAGGAGGUCCUGUUCCUGCACAUUGGAGUUGUUCUAGAACCAGAGCAGAACUGAAUUAUGGGUGUGAGAGAAAUAUAAAUGCAUGAUCAUGGGUUUAUUGCACAGUCAGCAGAUAUGAUUCCAGUAGGAGGGAGAAAAGAAGCAUUAACACCGUACAGAAUAGUUUUUUAUGUUUACACUUUAAAGCAGGUUUCUUUAUUUUGAAGAGGACCACUAAUAUGAAACAUGGAAGAAUGUGAGAAAUUGUGUGUAGAUCAGAUUAUUGUUUCUUUCUUGCAAU